AAUCAUUUCCUGAACACAACCAACUCGAAACCCUUUCUUCAUUUACUCUCAAGCGCUCCUUCGCCUUUUGCAUUAUACCCUACGAGACACGAAGCGAUCUCCUAUACUGCCGUGCCCAAUAUGUUUCGGGCGCAGCAGAACGCUUUUGAUGAUGUCGUCGCCAAGGCGACUGACGAGAACUUAACUUCCGAGAACUGGGAAUUCAUCCUCGAUGUCUGUGAUAAAGUAUCGGCGAGCGACAGUGGAGCGAAGGACGUCGUGGCUGCUAUGAUCAAGAGACUGGCCCACCGGAAUGCCAAUGUCCAGCUCUAUACUCUCGAACUUGCGAACUCGCUGGCGCAGAACUGCGGGGUUGCCAUGCACAGAGAGUUAGCCUCAAGAAGUUUCACAGAUGCUUUACUGCGACUGGCGAAUGACAGGGUGAGUGGCUGAGACCGUGGUGCUGCCAUGUCCAGGGUCCCUGACAAAUCCAGAACACACAUCAGCAAGUGAAGUCGAAGAUCCUGGAGCGUAUGGAGUCGUGGUCCAAGGACUUCUCUAGCAACACCGAGCUGGGAAUCAUGGAACAAGCAUACAUGAGACUUAAGGCUCAAAAUCCCAACUUACAACCUCCGCAAGCCCCGGUAAAGAAGCAAAUCACUGAUUUCGACCGGCAAAAGGAGGAAGAAGAACUUCAGAUGGCCCUCAAGCUAUCAAUACAAGACAAAUCCGUACCCUCCCCUGCCGCUCAGGCAUCAGGCUCCGCCGCAGAAUUGUCAGCCCAGCCAGCCUCGGCAGCACAAUCCAUUCACCAGCCGCUUCCCUCAGGCACGACAGCAGCGACCGUUUCCCGAGUACGAGCGCUCUUCGACUUUCAACCUUCUGAGCCGGGCGAAUUACAAUUCCGCAAGGGAGACGUUAUUGCGGUGCUCGAGUCGGUGUAUAAGGACUGGUGGAAGGGUUCGCUUAGAGGUCAAACUGGCAUUUUCCCACUCAAUUACGUCGAGAAGCUGCAAGAUCCUACACCUGAUGAACUACAAAAAGAGGCGCAGAUGGAGGCGGAAGUCUUCGGACAGAUAAAGAAUGUUGAAAAGUUGCUGGCUCUAUUGAGCACAAGCACAGGCGACACGAACGUCCGAGACAACGAGGAGAUAACGGAGCUAUAUCAUAGUACUUUAUCAAUCAGGCCAAAGUUGAUCGAGCUAAUCGGGAAGUAUACACAAAAGAAGGAUGACUUUCAGCAACUUAACGAGAAGUUCAUCAAGGCUCGAAGGGACUACGAAGCUCUGUUGGAGACAUCGAUGGCUCACUCAGCACAAGCAUAUGCUCGUCCCGGUCCAGCAGCUUAUGGGUACGGAGGAGGUCCUCCGCCACAAGGUUACCCACCCCAAAGAUUCUACACUCCUGAUGGUCAACCUCCCAACAACGCUGUGCCGUAUGGAAAUCCGACACCAUUCCAACCUCCUUACCCAGUUGCAUCACCACCUCCCCAAAGCCAAACCCCAGCGAAUCAGCCACCGUCUCAGCCUCCCCCGGACAGCAACUAUCCCUCUUACCCAUCAGCUCCAGCCCGCCGACAAUCUCAGCCCGAACAAUACGCGGCAUAUGCCCUUCCAACGGAUGGCCGGCCACCGACACAACCCCAGUACCCGGGCAUUCAACCUCCGAACAUCACACACCUACAGCACCAAGAGGAGACUUAUUCCCCGUCGAACUAUUCUUCGGAAGACCUACACGCCCAGAGAAUGUCUCCUCCACCCCAAUCCCGACAACAGCAGAUUCCACCACCAACACAGCAGCAACAGCAGCAGCAGCAGCCAUAUCCCCCUCCGAUGAACACAAGCUACGCACCUACUCCAGCGCCGUCGGCGCCCUCUCAGCCGCCCUACGACUACUCGCAACAGCAGCCUCCACCAUCCCAGACCAAUGGUCCACAACCUCCUGCCCCGAAUCACGGCCCACCGCCCAUCCCAGGCGUCAAUGCAGGUUCCGAUCGACCCAUCACACCUCUGGCGCAGGCGUCGCCGUACCCCGUCUUCCCACCUGGAUCUGGCACGAACCAGCCCACCCAACAGUAUCAAGCAUACAAUCAGCGGCCGACGAGCGUGGCGGCAGCAGCUCCGCAGGCUCCAGGUGUGGGUGGUGGGGAUCAAGGACGCUACAGCUACUACCGAUAAAACUCGAACGGCUUGUGGUUGUUUGCUUUUUAGGAUGGGCUAUCUAUCCCUUCGGCCAACUUGUUUACUCCCGACCCUGGUGGAGAGGACAGAUGGGCGUCUUUUUAUGUUGGAGAGAGAGAGGGGUUUCAUUGGGUGGGAAAUUGCAAGCGUCGACUUUUCAACAUGUCAAAUGGUAAACGUCGUGAACUCUUUGAUCUUUCCUCCGGUCGUGUGCUGUAGGUGCUAUAGGUCCGGUGUGGCACGGCUUAGUUAUACCUCCCCAAGGUAUGUUAUGUUGUACCUUGGGGCGAUUAGCGAUGAAAUUGAAACCGCAAUUCAAAGACUACGACUAUGAUACCGCGGCAUCCCACGGAGUAUGUGUAUCCAUUUUGCAGUUCUGUACCUGUGUACUGCGUUGAGGAGUCGGCCAAUCGUCAUUACCGGUAUCCAGACGGGGGGUCCAUUUGGAACGUAACUCGGUAAUGUACAGUAUACGUUCGAACCGUUUCUUCUCCAGGACGUCGUGUACCUACCUAAUCAUGACCUCUUUG